AUGGCCAAAUGCAUCUUUCAAUUUCACAGUCAUCAAAAUACGAAAGGAAAUUUUUCAUCUCCAAAGUUUCCAAGCAAUUAUUCUGAAGAUUUGGUUUGCAUUUAUAAUUUUCAAGGAAAAGAUCACGAAACCUUGAAAUUAAAUUUCCAUGUUUUUGAGUUGGAGCCUCCUUUCAAGAAAGGUUGCCUAACAGAUUAUAUUGACGUUUCAACCAUCACAAUCAUCGGUAGCAAGUUUCUCGUUGGUCGCUACUGUGGGCGGGACGUUCCUGGUUCGAUGCUUUUUAUGAACCCACAUGCUGAAAUAAUCUUUAAGACAAACCACGUGAUUCAUAGUCAAGGAUUUCAUGGCUCAUAUUACUUCCAAGAUGAGAUAAUGAUACCACCUCCAAAAUCUACCACGAACGUGAGUAACUGUGGUGGGAUAGUAUCUGGAGUCGGUGGUGUCAUUAUGUCACCGGGAUAUCCCUAUUAUUUUCCUAAAGAUGUGGAUUGCUUUUGGCUGCUUCGAGUGGACUACCACAUGAAGAUAUACGUGAGGGUCCUCAAAAUGCAGCUGUAUGGAAGCAUUGCCAACUGUGCCGAAGCGGAGCUCGCCAUCUACGACGGAUACUACAGCAUUUCCCUCAACCCCAAGGUGCUGCAGAAAUACUGCGGAGAUCUGCGGUACUACAAGAACGUGGAGGAGCAAACGACCAUCUCUGCAAGGAAUCGGUUACUUCUCAGAUUUAAGACAACUGCUUCUCAGAUCAUGAAGGGAGAAGAUUUAGAUAAGAGUGCUGUUGGUUUCAAAAUAAUAUGGACAGCAGUCGAUUUCAAAACGGAAGGCACAUGCCAAGAAUUCGUGUGCAGAGACAGCCAGUACUGCAUCAGUUCCACAGAGAAUCCCUGCGCUGAAAUACGUAACUACUGCAUCGACAAGUCCCUGGUAUGCAAUGGAUACGCUAAUUGCGGAAAUGAAGACUACAGUGAUGAAGAUAAAUGCAACAUACCUCUAUUGGCAGGCUGCGGAGCUGCCGGCGGAGUCCUGCUUCUCAGCUUCCUGAUUGGUUUUUGCCUGUACAGACGUCACAAUGCGGUGCGUAGUACACUCUCUCAGUCGCAAUCACUAAACAUGCAGCUAAGACAGCUCGAGCACAGUCCCUCCUAUUCCGGAAGGCCUCCCGUUACAGGAGGUCAUUUUUAUUACCAACAUCCAGACAACUACAACUGUACAGUCCACACAGAUUCCGGAUAUGAUCUGUUGCACUCUAAAGGAGUCACACGGUAA